UCCUCUCCUUAGUUACUAAUUUCAGCUUCUUUCUUAUAUUUCUCAUCAUCAAACUGUGCGAUUGAUCCAUGGAAGCCAAAGCUUCCUACACCAGGGAUGGCACCGUAGAUCUUCAGGGCCGCCCUGUGCUUGCCUCCAAGACUGGCAAAUGGAAAGCUUGUGCUUUUCUUGUUGGGUACGAAGCAUUUGAGAGGAUGGCUUUCUAUGGAAUAGCUUCAAAUUUGGUGAAUUACUUGACCACUCAGCUUCAUGAAGACACAGUUUCCUCUGUUAGAAAUGUCAAUAACUGGUCCGGUUCAGUAUGGAUGACACCAAUUCUGGGGGCUUACAUAGCCGACUCUUACUUGGGUCGUUUCUGGACUUUCACCAUCUCAUCCCUCAUUUACGUCAUGGGAAUGAUGCUUCUGACGAUGGCUGUUUCACUGAAAAGCUUCAAGCCAAGCUGCAGCAAUGGCAUUUGCAACAAGGCCUCCUCUUCACAGAUUGCAUUCUUCUACAUUUCGCUCUACAUCAUAGCAAUUGGGUCUGGGGGGACAAAACCCAACAUCUCCACCUUUGGGGCAGACCAGUUUGAUGAUUUCGACCCUCAAGAGAAGAAGCUCAAGGCCUCAUUUUUCAACUGGUGGAUGUUCAGCUCUUUCUUGGGUGCUUUAGUUGCAACCCUAGGCCUUGUUUACAUCCAAGAAAACUUGGGUUGGGGGUUAGGGUAUGGCAUCCCCACAGUUGGUCUUAUACUGUCCUUGUUCAUCUUCUACUUUGGAACCCCAAUGUAUAGGCACAAAGUUAGCAACACCAAAAGCCCUGCAAGGGACUUGUUUCAAAUCCCCAUUGCUGCCUAUAAAAAUCGAAAGGCUCAGCUCCCUAGCAACCCAUCUGAGCUUCAUGAGUUUGAGCCACAGCAUUACAUUAAUAGUGGAAAACGCCAGAUGUACCACACUCCAAUUUUCAGGUUCUUGGACAAGGCUGCGAUAAAAGAUGGCAACAACAUGGAUGCUUCAUUGAGGCCUCCAUGCACAGUGACACAAGUUGAAGGAACAAAGCUAGUUAUUGGAAUGGCCAUGAUAUGGCUUGUCACUCUAAUUCCUAGCACCAUUUGGGCACAAAUCAACACUUUGUUUGUCAAGCAAGGCACCACCCUAGACCGAAGCCUAGGCCAACAAUUCCACAUACCCUCAGCCUCCCUAGGGAGCUUUGUGACCCUCUCAAUGCUUCUCUCUGUGCCUAUGUACGACCGUUAUUUUGUGCCGUUGGUACGAGCCAGAACCAAAAACCCUAGAGGAAUCACACUUCUCCAAAGACUUGGGAUUGGAUUUGUGGUCCAAGUUAUAGCCAUUGCAAUUGCUUAUGCUGUGGAAGUUAGGAGAAUGCAUGUGAUCAGAGCGCACCAUCUUAAUGGGCCUAAAGAAAUUGUGCCCAUGAGCAUUUUUUGGUUGCUACCCCAAUAUGUGCUGCUUGGGAUAGCUGAUGUGUUCAAUGCAAUUGGGUUGCUUGAGUUUUUCUAUGAUCAGUCUCCAGAGGACAUGCAGAGUCUUGGGACAACUUUUUUCACAAGUGGGAUUGGGGUUGGUAACUUUUUGAACAGCUUUCUUGUGACGGUGGUGGAUAAAAUUACAGGGAGGAAUGGAGGUAAAAGUUGGAUCGGUAACAACUUGAAUGACUGUCACUUGGAUUAUUACUAUGGGUUUCUUUUGGUCAUAUCUUCUAUAAACUUAGGGGCAUUUUUGUGGGCUUCUUGCAAAUAUGUCUACAAAAGGGAAUCGGUGGAAGCGAAGGAGGGUUGUGUUGAUCCGGUGGAGGGCAAAGCAAUUGCAACUUCUCCACUUGGGCUACAAGUCUAAAGUAAUUUAGAAAGUUUGGUGUCUAUUGACUACUUUGUAAUAUGGAUGAUGAUUGUUCACUUUUUUAGUUUGACAAUAUGUAUGUUUUACUUUCAAUCUAAGUUAAUUUAUAUCACAAGUUUUGA